UUCUCGCACCGGGUCCUGACAGACGUGGUCAAUCGAACUCUAUUACUGCUGUUAUGGCAACGGCUGACUGCCAUCGAUGUCCCACUGGAAAUCAGACAGRCCCCCACCAUUAUAAAACAGUCGUUGAAGGAACAUGUCGUGGAUCCCAUAGACAACAUGGUUGUGGAGWGUGAAGCCAAAGGCACCCCUCACCCAAUUUUCUCAUGGAGGCGUAAUGGGAAGUACUUCAACGUGGCAAAGGACCCUCAGGCCUCAAUGAGGAGACGUUCGGGGACGCUGGACAUCUAUGCCUGGACUGACCCAGGGGCCUAUGAAGGGGAGUACCAGUGUGUUGCCACCAACGAGUAUGGCUCUGCAUACUUAAACAAGAUCAACCUACACAUCUCUAAGGCCACUCUGUGGCCCAGAGAGGUGUUGGAGCCAGUAACAGUAAGUGUUGGUCUCCCUCUGGUCCUGGACUGCAGCCCUCCUUCAGGCCCUCCCAAACCUGAGAUCUACUGGAUGGGCAAGUGUUCAUCUGGUAGACCCCCAGUCAUGCUGCGUAUCAAACAGGACCGUAGAGUGUCUAUGGGGGUGAAUGGAGAUCUCUACUUCUCUCAUGUCUAUGUCAAUGACUCUGCCACCGACUACUGCUGCAAUGCACGCUUCCCCUACAAAAAUAUUAUCCAGCAGAAGAUGCCUAUUACCCGCAUGGUGUCUGAGGCCGCCCCCACCUUCUUGUCUCCGGCCGGAAGGUCCAGCUCCCAGACUGUCCUGCAGGGGGAGGAGCUGCUCUUCGAAUGCAUCACUGCUGGAGUUCCAACCCCUGUCAUCACAUGGACCAAAGAUGGAGAUGAACUGGACACAACCAACAUUAAGGUGAAGAACUACAACAAGUUGUUGCAGAUCCCCAAGGCCUCGUUUGAGGACGCUGGUGAAUACACCUGCACAGCUACUAACAAGAUUGGAUACCUGGAACACACCAUCGCUGUCCAGAUCAAAGGCCCUGGGCAACUUGUUAGGAUACAUUGUAUCAUGGACUCCAUCAAGUACCAGCAGAUAUUAAAUCAAAGCCUGACUGUCUCUGCUAGGAAGCUGAAACUGGGCUGUGGUUGGAUCUUCCAGCAGGACAAUGAUCCAAAGCACACCUCAAAAUCAAUACAAAAAUGGUUAACUGACUACUCGUCCUUGCUGUCACUGGAUGAUUCAACUCUYGUCAUCACAAACGUCAACAGACGAGACGAAGGCAACUAUACCUGCAUCAUCAAGACUGAGAUAGACAAGACCACUGUCUCCGCCGGCCUGGUGGUGAUGGGUAGSACUCUAACGGUCAUUGCUAUCAAUGAUAUUGGAAUGAGUAAACCCAGCCGCUCGUCCGCCAACUUCCAGACUGGUGGAGCGRCCCCAGACACCAUCCCUAAAAAAAUCAAAGGAGUGGGCACAUGGAGAAACAAUAUGGAGAUCAGCUGGGAGGCACUGAACAACAGAGAGUGGAAUGGGCCCCACCUAAAGUACUUGGUGUGGUGGAAACGGAGGGAUUCAAGGGAGGAGUGGAAAAACGCUACCACUUGGUGGUGUAAAUACUACAUCUACGACACAGACAUUUUCACACCAUACGAGAUAAAGGUCCAAGCUGUCAAUGACUUUGGGCUGGGCCCAGAGUCCCCUGUCAUCAUAGGCUACUCUGGAGAAGACCGUCCCACUGCUGCCCCUGUCAAACUGCGUGUGUCCAGGAUAGAGGCCACCAAGGUCACCGUGCACUGGGACCCUGUGGCUCGCAGCAGRAUCAUGGGAACUGAACGAGGGAACAAACAUACAAAUGAACGCAUGUGCUGUGUCCCUCUAUCCCAGGUGUACUUCUGGCGAGACAGUAGCCAGCUGAGGUGGCUGAGUGUGAGCAGGGCCAUAAAGUCUAAAGCCUUUCCAGCCAGCGGGCCGCGUCUCUCUGGUGUCCUGCCAGGACUCAUCCCUUACAGCAACUACAAAAUGUACAUAGUGGUGGCCAACAACCGAUACGAGGGACAUCCCAGUAACACCAUAGAGUUCUCCACUCCAGAGGGAACACCCUCUGCUCCAAGAUUCUUCAGAAUCCAGCAGAGACAUUUGGACACUAUCUGGGUGGACUGGGACACUCCUGCAGAGCCCAAUGGCAUCAUCGCCGGAUACAUACUGAAAUAUCAGACAGUGAACGCAACCCGGGAGGAGGAAUUGCGUGUUGAGGAAUUUGUGCGCCGAUAUGAUCGCUACACCCGCRAUAGAUUCACCAUAGCAGCACAGACUAGACUCGGGGUAGGAGAGUGGUACACAGAGGAAUCACCCCAUUAUACAACUGAAGCUAAUGCACGGGAGCAGGUGGACCUCUCCACUCAGGGCUGGGUCAUUGGUGUGAUGUGUGCUGUGGCCCUCUUCGUGCUCAUCCUGCUGGUCGUCUGCUUUAUCAAGAGGAGCCGAGGGCGGAAAUACCGAGUAUGGGACAAGAAAGAAGUGACAUUGGAGUCGGUGGAUGAUAAAGAUCAGGAGGGAUCAUUUGACUAUCGGUAGGCAAUAUAAAAGAACUGGCUGAAAAUCAACUGAGAACCUUGACUUGAGAUAAGUAUCAAUAGUGCUAAUGCAGGAUUUGUGUAGGUCAAAGUCAACCACGUACAUCAUGUAUAAUCAUUUUGUGAGGUAGUGCUGAUCGUGUCAGUUUCCCUUCAAGCCAACUAUGGUAUCUAAAACCUUCCACAUGAACAGUAAUCUACAGUCAUAUGAAAAUGUAUUCGGGUCUUUCUAUAAAUAAAUGGGCCAAUGUGUGACAUCAUGGUCAACAUUUUGAAAUGGUUUGAUAUACAUUUAAACAUGAUUUUCUUGCAUCUUCACAUGUAUAAUUACAGUAAUAAGAGUCUAGAUGGGCACAAUGAGACC